AUGGAUGAUGUUAGUGAAGGUUAUGAUAGUAAUGAGGGUGAUAGGUUGGAGGACAUGAUACAUGUUGUUGAGGAAAAUUUUGAUGGUAAUCCUGCUAUGUUUGAGACCUUGUUAAGUGAUUCUGAGAGGCCUUUGUACAACGGUUGCACCAAGUACACAAGAUUAUCAUCUGUACUCAAGUUGUAUAACUUGAAAGUAGGUGGUGGUUGGAGUGAUGCAAGUUUUACUCUGUUACUUGAAGCGGUGAAAGACAUGCUUCCAGAGGAUAAUGUUCUUCCAGGUUGUACUUAUGAGGCAAAAAAGAUAUUAUCUACUAUGGGAUUGCGCUACGAGAAGAUCCAUGCUUGCCCUAAUGAUUGCAUUCUAUAUCGUAAUGAGUAUGAAUCAUUAGACGAUUGUCCCGUGUGCAAUACAUCACGAUAUAAGAAAAAGGUAGGAAUACCGGCUAAGGUUUUAUGGUAUUUCCCAAUAAUACCAAGGUUUCGACGUAUGUUUUCAAAUCCAGGGGAUGCAGAGAAGUUAACAUGGCAUCAUAAUGGUCGUACGAAGGAUGGGUUAAUGAGACACCCAGCUGAUUCCCCGCAGUGGAGGUUUAUUGAUGAAACGUUUCCUGAUUUUAAGAAAGAUGAACGUAACCUACGCCUUGCACUAUCUACAGAUGGUAUGAACCCAUUCGGCUCCCUUAGUAGCACAUAUAGUACUUGGCCAGUUAUUUUGGUUACUUAUAACUUGUCUCCUUCCUUGUGCAUGAAAAAAAAGUACAUGAUGUUAUCAUUGCUAAUUUCUGGACCAAAACAGCCUGGAAAUGACAUUGACAUUUACUUGCAACCUCUUAUUGAUGAUUUGAAGAUUCUGUGGGAGAGAGGUGUUGAGGUUUUUGAUGCACAUCGCCAGGAAAAGUUCAAUUUGAGGGCAAUGUUAUUCUGCACUAUUCAAGAUUAUCCAGCAUAUGGAAAUCUUUCGGGGUAUACCGUGAAAGGGAAGGCACCUUGUCCCCUAUGCGAGGAUGGUUUCAAGGGAAUACGACUAAAAGCAUCAAAAAAGAAUGUUUUUUUUGGACAUCGUCCAUUUUUGCCAUUUGAUCAUAUUUAUCGAUGGAGAAAGAAGGCAUUUGAUGGGAAACAAAUGUUUGAAAGACGUCCAAAGGUGUCAACGAGUGAAGAUGUGUUUGCAAAGAUAAAAGAUAUGCAGAUCACAUUUGGGAAAGGAAACAAAAAAGAACUGCCAGCACAGGGCUAUAAGAAGUGUUCUAAUUUGUGGAGCUUGCCUUAUUGGAGACUCUUGUUUGUUAGACAUUCUUUAGAUAUAAUGCAUAUCGAAAAGAAUGUAUGUGAUAGUCUUAUUGGUACCUUACUGAAUAUCCCUGGAAAGACAAAGGACGGCCCUAAUGCUAGAGAUGACUUGAAGGAAAUGAAUAUUAGAACUGAACUUCAUCCCAUUUUGAAAGGAUCUAGAAAUUUUUUACCCCCAGCUGCUUAUACACUGUCAAGAAAGGAGAAAAUUCAGUUUUGUGAGUGUUUGGCUGGAGUGAAAGUGCCUCAGGGUUACUCUUCAAACUUCAGUAGUCUUGUUUCUAUGCAAAACUUGAAACUUAUGGGCCUAAAAUCUCAUGAUUGCCAUGUUUUAAUGCAACAAUUGUUACCAGUGGCAAUUCGUGGUAUUCUGCCUAAAAAUGUUCGAGUUGUCAUAACUAGGUUAUGUUCUUUUUUAAUGCAAUCUACAGCAAAGUCAUUGAUCCUAAAGACUUGGAUGAUUUAG